GUGCCGCUGAGAGCGCGUCCCCGCGGGGCUCCGGCACUGUGCGUGUUGUGCUCUUGUUCGGAAGCAACAGGAGUGCUCCGAGCGUUUGUUGUCACGGCCUUUCUUGGAGUUGACUCGCAACCAAGAAAGGCCGCCGAUUCGCCCAAUUGACUCCCUGGCAAGGCGACAUUGACUUGAGGCAUUUACUUAUUUACACGGAUUUGGAAGAAGUGUUGGAUAAUGUUGGAGUUGAAGUCUGUGUUUGAUACUCAGAGUGAAGUUGCUCCUUGGCUGGUGAAAGGCAAGCUGACUCCUCUUAAUGAAAAUGGCGAAUCUACGAACCUUUCAAGAACCGAUUUGCAGAUUAUUAACGUUGAAAAGAAUGGCGGUGUCGUCUUCACCUGGAAGGGUAAGAAAGGAACGACGUGUGUUGGCUUGCAUGAUCUUCACAAAAAACAGAACAAGCUGCUGUAUAUCUUUGAUAGAGAAGUGUCUUUGAUUAGUUGUUCUGUCAACAAGGAAAGGACACUGCUGGCUGUAAGUAUUCUACAGUCUGCUGGAAGAGACAUGCCAUUAAAUACUUUCAGACCAGUUUCCAGAUGUUUGACUUUGUUGAUUGAGAUUCAUCCAGCAAAUAAUACAAAAGUUUUAAAAGCCAUUGAUUCAAAUGUCAAAGUUCAGUUCCUCUAUCAAGAUUCAGAUGCGAGGGUGUUGCCUGAAAGCCACUUACUCAUAAUUUCAGAGGACAGAUGUAUUGAGCACAUUCGUAUAAGGGUGAUCAUUGAAGAAGGUUACAGAGCGGUAAUACAGGAUCCAGACCAUCUGCCUAAAGAGAUUGUGGCUGAAGACUUUUUCUGGGCCCAAUGGGAUACAGAGGCACAGAGACUGUUCUACAUUGUAGAAAAGGAAAGCAAUGCAGUUCUGAUGUGUUACCAGUUUUAUCUGGACAGGAGCAAUGAAAUGUUGAUGUCUUUAUCUCUUGGAUUCCCUUUAAUAGUUACACGGUUACGUCUGGUAAAUUUUGGGUACAAUUACUUUCAUGAGGAAGGGAAAUCUUCAGAAUCUCUGAAUCUGCAAAUUUUCACGGAUCAUGCAGGUGCCUUGUCGGUGUGCUACAGUCAUCCUAUGCAAAAUGAUCAAGAAUUUAUUUAUUCAGUCAUUCUUCUGCAUUAUGGUUGGCGAAAAACAUUUAGAGUUUCCUUGGAAAAGUCCAAAUGUGCCAGUAUCAGUGAUUUGGCCUUUCUGAAUGUUGGUAACUAUAUAGCUGUUUAUGUGCCUGGAUAUUUUUUGCAUCUUAUUAACAUCCAACACCCUAAUUUGACUUGUCACAGUCUGUUUUUGUCAGGGGACGAUGCCAAAGUGAAACCCUGGAAUCGUCAAUGCGAUGCAUUAUCAUCGUCUGACUUGGUGCUGGAUUGCCAUUUGGGGAAAAUCUAUAAACCUGUGCUCAAUCCGCAGCUACUAAUGCUGUUCAUGCGAAACAGUAAACUGGUUUGCCAUCAACGUGCUGCGAUGCAUUGUGCUAUCCUGUACCUCCAAUGUAAUUCAGAUAUGGAAUCACAGAUCAUUCACUGGUUAUGUGGUUUGUCUGCCUCUGCCUGUGCAGAUCUCAUUCAGGAAUUCAUUGUAGGUACUAUAUACAGAAAAGCCAUCUCUGAAACAAAUGCCCUUGCAAAACUGCUGCCAUGCUCAUCUUUAGUAAGCUGGAAAGGGGAUAUUCCUGGAAUAACGUGCACAACUGAAAACAUUUUGCAAUCUGCUGGAAAAAGGAUUCAUGAUUGUAAAGUUUUUUGGGAAGUGAUGAAUACGAAUGUGGAAUCUCUGAAGAAUUUAGAAAGUUUGCAUAAUUCACUAGACACUAAUUCUUUAGGAAGAAUGAAAUCAAGACUACUUUCAGGAAUGAAAGUAGAUGCAAGAGCUAUCAGACACUUCACAAAUGUCCUGGAAACUGCUAAAAUGAUUCUUUCAAAAGUGGAUGCGUUGUCUCCAGAAGAGCGAGUGGUUCCUUUCUGUCAGGAAGAAGACUGCCAGCAGAUGGCGCUAAUAGGCUUGAUGAGUGAAAAGCUGAAAGAACAUGUACUGAAACAUGCUCAUUCUCUGGGAAAGAAGAAGAUUGACGUGAUUGUUAACAACUAUGUUGCAAAUUUGCUUGAAUGCAUAUGGAAAAUUGUGGACACAAUAUGGAAAAAUUAUGGGCUCAGAACCCACAACCUGUGCUUGUCCAACAGAGAGGAAGUAAAUUCUGCAGAAUUUGUCGUGUUCCAUAUGAUGAUUUGGGUUUUGCAAGCUGUUGAAGGGCUGUCUCUGCCUCUUCCACCAGGUUAUCACACAAUUCACAUGGUUCUUGGUGCACGAUGCCUUCCUUUACAUUCCCUACUGCAUUAUAUCGAUCUUGGUUUGUUGCAUCUAACAGAGCAGUUUGUUACCAGGUUAAUUGAAGAACUUGAUAAUUCUGAAAUUAAUGAAAGAUUCAAAUUGAGUAUUAUGGCAAGAAUUCCAGAGAUUAUUGAACAGAAAAUCUGUUGCCUCUGGGAUCAUCCAAUCAGUACAUCACAUGUUGCUCGGAACUACGUGGAAAUACUCCUGAAAAAACGUUCCACCCAGCAGAAAUCAAGACCUAUUUUCAUACGGGAACAGGACCCAUUUGAGAAUGAAUUUCUACCGCUGACUUACCUAGCAAGAAUCUUAACAGAAGUGGAAUACGAAGCACCGAACCCUUUUGAAGCCCAGCAGAAUGUGGAUGUAAAGUUUGUGGAAGAAGUAGCAUUGAAGCAAACAUUCAUUCUUCUUGGUCUUGGAAAUAAAUAGAAUGUAAGGUUACAACUGCGGAUAAAACUUAAAACCUGACAAUAUUUGUCAAGUACCAUUGUAUGCAUACUUUUUUCUUUAUGUCAACUUGAAAAAGAGAACAAGCAGGACAUGGUUACAUUAUUGAAGACAGCAGAGAGAGGGCAAGUUGGCUCUAAUGUGGCUACAGAUUCCACUCAUUGACAGCAUGGAUUCUGCUGCAAUUGUUGAGUUAAGAGUGUUCAAACUGUGUGCCUUUCAAAAGGAAUGACUGCUUUUUCAUUCUACCAGCCAGCUUUCAAUGAGGACGCGAUAACUGUCUAAUCUGAGCUCUCAAUUGAAGGGACGAGUACAGUGUUGGGAUGCAUGUUCAUAGUAUUUGCUUUUAUAAAUGCAAAUUUAGUUCUUCAGUAUUUUUAAAAAUAAAAUAAAACCCAAGGAGAAGUAUGUUCAAUGUGGCCAAUAAUUGAAAUUAAAUUAUAAGGAAUUUGCAGUAUAUUGUUUGAGGCAUUAUUUUGCAACAUUUCUUUAUUCUAACAGAUGAAGUAGAGCCAAAAAGCACUAUUUACUUUAAAAUUCUUGAAAUAACAAUAUAUUGCAUUUUGAGUAAAAUAAAACUUCUUUUGAAUGCCA